AUUGACCUAAGUUUAUCUGCUGUUGAGUUUAUAAAUACUGAUUGUAACAAUAAUCUUAGCAUUGAAUGAACGAGUAUUUUGUUAUUAGUGGAAUAGGUAGCUAUAUAAUUUAGUUGUCAAUUUAAUGUAAUAUUAAUAUUUAUAAAUUGAUAGUGACAUCAAGUGCACGAAAUAAUACAGUGACGAUGGUCAAGAUUAAGUUUGCAAUACUAUUUUUAACACCAGUGCUCUGUGUUAAGUUUUCUUGUAAUCACGAAAGUGCCGUAAAUACGUUCAAACGACCGACGUAUGAUUUCUCUGUUCGACUUUUGGACAGAGUGGCUCAAGAAACAGGAUAUCAUUUUGUGUUUUCACCGUUGUCAACAUGGCUGCAACUUAUGACUCUGGCGGAAGGAGCUAGAGGUCCUACCGAGAGAGAAAUCAGGAAAGUAACGAGAUAUCAUCGUAUGUUAUGUUUUAGGAGGAAAUAUAAAGAAGUUCUAAAUGGAAUGGACGAAGAAUUAGGUUUUAUGACUAAAAGGACGAACGUUAUCAUCAUUAACAAAUUGUUAAACGUUAAGAACUCUUUUCAAAACGAAAUACAAAAAUCUAAUUCAACUAAAAUAUUGUCAUUAAAUUUCAACGAACCUGAUGACGCAGCAGCAAAAGCCAACGAAAUUAUUCAGAUGGAUACGGAUGGUGUUAUUAAAGACAGCAUUCAAGCUGAAGAUUUUAAUAUGUCAGUUCUAUUGAUGACUGAAACAGCGUACUUCAAGAGUGACUGGAAAACAUCAUUUAACCCUGUUUAUACUUCAACAGAACCUUUCUUUUCAGAAGAGAAAGUACCCAUUGGGAAUGUUAGGUUGAUGUCACAAACUGGAUAUUUUAAUCUAACAACAUUGCCAUUAAUUAAUGCAAAAGUUAUAGAGCUGCCAUUCAAUACAAACGACAGAAUUUCGAUGCUCGUAUUGUUACCUACUAAGGGUAGUGUCCAAAAUUUAUUAUAUUAUUUAAAAGAUAUAAGAUUGAUGACUAUAUUUAACAAUUUCAAAAGAGAAGGAACUAAGCUUGCGACUGUUAGGAUACCUAGAUUCAAUAUAAAAACCGAGUUAGAGAAUAUUCCUGAAUUGAUGUAUGAUAUGGGAGUGAAACGAAUUUUUUAUCCAGAAUUAGCUGAUUUUGGGGGAAUUAGUGAUUUUAAAAUGCACACGUCAUUGAUAACACAAGUCGCUGAUAUAGAGGUAACUGAAAAAGGUGCAACUGCAGGUGCAGUCGCUGAAUUUUUGAUUGUAGGUAACAAUGAAGAAUUGAAAGCCGACAGGCCGUUUGUCUACCUCAUAGUCGAUAGGAAAACUGAUGUCAUAUUGUUUGGUGGAAUUUAUAGUACUCCGAAUAUUUAUUAAAAGUUCAAUUAAUGACAACA